UCAAAGCCUCUCGCUUCACCCAUUCUUCCUUUUCCUUUCACUCUCAAACUCUGCAAAAGACAGAGAGGGAGAGAGCUCAAGGCAUGGCAGUUUUAUUCUUUAUUUCCCAUAUUGCCCCUCUCACAUUCUUUUAUUUCCUCCUCCUGUCCUCCGCCUCCGCCUCCUUCUCCUCACCCACUGCCGAUACUGAUCUUAAUAUAACAUCCAUUCUCUCAUCUUUCCAGAACUUAACCUCCUUUUCCUCCCUACUCAGCUCCACUUCCGUCGCCUCUGACCUCACGCGCCGCCAAGACCCCAUCACUCUACUCGCCGUCCCAAACCCCUACCUCUCCAUUCCUCCUUCCUCCGACCUCACUCGCCGCUUCCCAUCGUCCUCACUCGGUGACAUCCUCCGCUACCACAUCCUCCUACAAUACUUCUCCUGGACCGAUCUCCUCCAGAUCCCGCCCUCCGGCGUCCUCGUGACCACCCUCCUACAAACAACCGGCCGUGCCCCUGCCAACUUCGGCGCCGUCAACAUCUCGCGUAACCCGUUAACCAACGCCAUUACAAUCCAAUCACGCUCCCCUGACUCCGCUUCAAACGCCACCGUUUUGUCCCUAAUCAAAACGCUGCCGUACAACAUCACGAUCCUCGCGGUUAAUUCCCUCCUCGUCCCGUACGACUUCAACUUAAUGGCUUCCGAAACCCGCCCUCCCCUCGGCCUCAACAUUACCAAAGCCUUGAUCGACGGCCACAAUUUCAACGUCGCAGCGGCAAUGUUAGCCGCUUCCGGCGUCGUCGAUGAAUUCGAAGCCGACGAAGGCGGUGCUGGCAUCACACUCUUCGUCCCCACCGACGGUGCUUUCGGCGAUCUGCCGGGAAGCGUGAGAUUGCAGUCACUUCCGGCUGAUAAGAAAUCAGUGGUUCUAAAAUUCCACGUUCUCCAUUCUUAUUACCCGUUGGGGUCGCUGGAGUCGAUCGUGAACCCGGUUCAACCCACACUAGCGACUGAGGAUAACGGCGCCGGGAGCUUCACUCUCAACAUUUCUCGAGUCAACGGAUCCGUUGCGAUCGAUACGGGAAUCGUUCAAGCGUCUGUUACCCAAACGGUUUUUGACCAAAAUCCCGUUGCCAUUUUCGGGGUUUCCAAGGUUUUGUUGCCCAGAGAGAUUUUUGGGAAAGAUUCAGCAGCGGUAAUCCCGAAGCCGGGGAUAACUGUUCAGCCGCCGGAAUUAUCCCCGCCGCCGGAGAAUUCAGCUUGGUUGAUUAAUCCAGCAUCAUCUCCGCAGGGGUUUCAUGAGGGUAUGAAUUCUGACGGUCAGAUAUUGCGAGCGCAAAGCUGCAUUGUUGUUCUCUAUUGUAUAGUAUUGUAUCUAUUGGCAUGAGCUUUUUUUUUUUAACUUUUGACUCCAAAUUACUGGGGUUUUUUUUGGA